AGGUAAUGUGAUUACUGUGAGCAGAAAAGCUCACCUUUUGAAACUUAUGUUUUCACAUGGGGCCCUCUUGGUGAUUGCUUAUGUGUUUCCCUGAAGGUAAAGAACAUUUGGUUCAAUCGAGGAGGCCUGACACCCUUGUGCCUUGACCAUGUACUGCUUGAGAUGUAUGAUGCUGGUGACAUUUUGCGUUGUGAUGAUCUUGUGGAUACAACAAGUGGAAGACUCUCCCAGAUUUUCAGAAGAAUAGUUCAUCUGACGGGUUUAUCUUGGUCCUCAACUCCAGUUGAUUUUACUGAAGAUCAUCUCAUUCUUUGGCCACUAUUGAAAGAGAAAGCUGCUGAAGUUGUCAAAGUUUUAUCUGAAAACCAUUGGACUUCUUCAUGCAUCAUUACAACUAGGAAAUUUCAGGAGAUAUGUGGAGGAUCCAUGGAAGCAUCUGCAGUCUUGUGUCACUUGUCAGGGUGCAGGAAAGCAAAGUACCUUGUAAUCAACAAACAGGAGCUAAUGGAGGGCGUGAAAGUCUCUCUCUCGCCGGGCACAGUUUGUGCUACCACCAGUCUAGAUUACAAUAUUUUGUAUUUAAUUUGCACUUUGGAAAAGCUUCAACAACAGCUUGACGUGAUUGACGAACGUUGUGAAAAGUCCAGAAAAUCAGGCUUAGCUUCUCUGAAAUCUGGGAAUAAAGUAGUUGCCUUGAGGCAUGCAAGGGAAUUAAAAUUGGCUUCCCAAAGUAGAGAGAAAUGUACAACACUUUCAAACCGAGUGGAGGAAGUUCUCAGAGUUAUUGCAGAUGCUGAAUGUUCGAAAAAGGUUUCUGAAGCCAUCCAAAUUGGUGCAAGAGCAAUAAAGGAAAAUAAGAUCAGCUUGGAAGAAGUUGAGCUCUGUUUACAAGAACUUGAUGAAAGCCUUGAUUCACAGAAGCAAGUUGAAAUAGUUCUAGGGUCAACUUCAUCUUAUGCAGCGACUGAAGAUGAAGAUCUUGAAGAAGAGUUGAAAAAACUGGAGCUGGAAGUUGGCACCGACUGUGUGCAAGAGCCAGUGUCAGAAACUGGAGUGUAUAUUUCAGUUGGUGAAGCACGGGUUUCAGAAAAUUCUGAAUCACUGAGUAAAGCCUUAUCUAAUCUUAAGCUUACAGAUAGGGCAGCCAUGGAAACAGUGACCCAGGAUUUUAAUGACUCAACAAGAAACUACUCAUCAAAAGAUUUGGAUCUUGAAGCUGCUUAGCCAAUAGUUUGUCCGCUCAGUUAUUUGUUUACAUCUUGAUUUGUGGUAAAAAUGUCACCUCUUUCCAUCAAUAGUAGUUCAUGCUUGAUACAUGGUUCUGUAAAUAAUCUCUACACGGAUUGGGUGAUACACAAGAUGUGCAAGUAUAUGAGAACUCGAAUGAAUGAAACUAACAUAA